CUUUUUCUUUGCUCGUAAUUAGAAACGAAUCUUCGAAUUGAAUUUUCUCCGCCUUUCUCAUAGAACCGGGAAUUCGUACACACUUCAGAAUAUGCUGUGACUUCUUGCGACCCGCUUUGUGCCAUUCGAGAGGCAUGCUUUUCUUUCACCUUUGACUUCAACUUCAUACAUUUUAUCCGUAAUAGAGCGGCGUAAGAGGCUGCCUUGAGCCACUGCGCUGAAGCAGAAACAUCCACCCAUCUCGACAUCCGUUUCCAUCCUCCGUAAAGGCCUGUCGCAUUGAACCUAUACCCCCACUAUGUCGUACGCUCAGCGCGACACGCCCAUCCUUGCGAAACUCUGCACGUUGCUUGUGGAAGACCAAUACGGCGAACUUGCUUCACGAAUCUUUACCGUUCUCGCUCGUCACGGUCGCCAGACUCUACCCUCCAUCGUCCGAGCAUCCUACCUCAACAGCAGGCAGAUCAAGUAUGGACUCAUCGUACUGAUCCAGCAGCACCUCGUCUUCCACUCUUCAUUCCUCGAUCCGACCACGACGUACUACGAGAUAGAUUGGCAGCAGGCAUAUUCGCUCGUGCGGUAUGGCAAAAUUCUGAAGGCGGUCGAAGAUCGGUUCGGUGGCAAGGCCGCGAACGUGAUGUCUAAUCUGAUUGCGCUCGGCCAUACUCGAAUCCAAGAUUUACGGGAAGCAUACUUUCCUCCGUCAGACAACAACAGCGAUGCAGGCUCCGACAGCGGACGAGUGAACGGAAAGGUGAAUGGCCACAAACCUAAUGGCACCGCGAAUGGAGCAAAUGGGCAUAACAACGGUCACAGUAAUGGUCACGGAGAGGGAGAGGAAGAUGUUAAUGAUCUCACAAUCCAAUCCGAAGAAGAGCUAGAUGCUAUCAUACAUCAUCUCAUGCUGGAAGGAUGGAUAAUAAGAGUUGACGAGAUCCAAUACCUCUCUCCAGGAGAUAUCCAGGGCAUGGUGCAACGAGAAGUCCUCGGUGAACAACACGACGGCAAGAUGCCCAGUGGCGUCAAAGCAAAAGAGCAAAUGGUCUUUGAAAUCAACUCACGGAAACGAGCCAUGCGGGACGACUGGUGUCGAGUGCCCAAAUGCAACUCUCGAAAGCGAUUAGCAUCCGAUCCCGACUUCAGCAGGACCACAAAACGCCUGAAACAAGGCGCGCUCGAAUGGCAGCCACGAGACGCAAACAACAUCGUCAUGCUAGAAAGCGGCCUCGUCAUCCGCACGAAUCCAGAGAAGAUCUCCGUCGCCCUCCGCACCGAGCAGCUCGUCCACCUCGUAGAGCAACGCCUUGGCCCCGUCACAGCCAAAAUCUACGAAGUCAUGCUCCGCCUCAUGGAAACAACCAUAGCCCGCGCCUACGAACCCUACGCCGAUCCACCCCCCUCCGACCCGGACGCAAUGGGACCCGAAGUCCAAGACAAGCACCUCGUAACCGCGCAAGACGUCGCGAAGAAACUCGACAAAGACCUCGACAUCCUCGACGGCCUAGACCCCUACCACGUCGUCCGACUCGUCGAAGCCGACACGCGCGUUCGCUACGACACCACGAACCGGCAAAUCAACCCGCCCGUCGAUCCCACAACCCUCAGCUACCAAACCCGCACCAAAGUCAUCGACUGCCACAUCCGCCGCCUCGCCGACGACCCCUUCCACUUCACGACCUGGCAUUCCCGCGCCGGCUUCUCACAGUGGCACGUCGAGUUCGACGAGCUCUCCAAAUCCCUCAUCCAGCACGAAAUCGAAACAACCAUCCAAUCCCGCGGCGGCGACCGCGGCCCCCUCGGCGUCAAACUCAUCCGCGCCCUCAAAAAGAAAGGCAAACUCGACGAGCGCCAAACCUGCAACACGAUGAUGAUGCCCGCCGGCGAGAUCCGCCAGAUCGCCAACGAAAUGGCAGUCCAGGGCUUCGUGCAAACACAAGAGAUCCCGAAAGUCGAGCGCCGCGAGGCGAAGCACUCCAUCCACCUCAUAUGGUACGACCGGCAGCGCGCGCGCGAGAAGCUGCUGCACGACACGUACAAAGGCAUGAUACGGAUCCUGCAGCGCAUCGCGUUCGAGAAGGAGAAGGUGCGGGAGCUGCUGAAUAAGGCCGAGAGGAGCGAUGUCGUGGGGAAUGAGGAGAAGUGGCUGAGUCAGGACGAGUUGAGCGUGCUGAGGAAGUGGAAGGAGGUGCAGGAUAAAUUGCUGCUGCAGUUGCUCAGGGAGGACGAUCUCGUGGCGACGUUGAGGGAUCAUACCGGGCCGUUGACGUCGCCUUGAUGGACGGACGCGACCUCAGUAGUAAGAUUAUUCGAGAUUCCCACAUCACGAAAGAUACAAAUACACGUAUGUACAUAUGGUAUGUAGCAUGCAGAAGAACCCAAAUCAAAAGUAUACCAACC